UAUUUAUACCAACCAAAGCAUAUACUUUAUUCACUUUUUCAUGUAGAAAGCAAAAUUAAUAAAGUGAAAGAUGUUUUUGUGUAGAAACUAGAAGAAAAGGUGUCAAUUAUAAGACAAAUCAAAUAGUGUCAUAAUUUAAUUGUAGAAACGAUAGGGACUGAUUCAUAAAUCGUAAAUGUUUUUUCAUAUAGGAUUUUCAAAAUAUAGAGUUUCCUUUCAUGUAUGGACAACAAUUUUGGUGAUAGAAACAAUAAUAAUAGUAGUUGAAAUACGGAAAAAUUGUAAGCAUAAGUGUGAAAGGAGGAGAAAAUAAUAUCCAAUAUAUCCUACUUCUUCCUAACAAACUCUCUUGUUAUGAUAUACCUUUAGCUAAUGAAUAUGAUAUAUAGAAUAAGCUAACAAGAAAAGAUUAUGCGUUCCCCAUAGUAUGGAUUUGGAAUACAUCGUUCUUAUUUUAAUGAAAAAAAAAAACCUACAACGGUCUCUUUUCUUGUUCUAAACUUUCAAUUUGAGGUCCUUAUGCAGCAAUAUUAAAUUUCUCUCUGCUUCUCAGAACUUGAUCCUUGUUUGAUUAUUCAUGGAAGAGAUGGCACAAUCAAUCAAACGUCCUUUUGGCGUUCCUGAAAAGCCAGAAUUCAGUGUUGGGUUGGAUUUAACAUUAAGCAAGUUGAAGAUGGAGCUUCUCAAAGAAGGUGUGUCCAUCAUUCUGUUAACUGGUUUCGGAGGAUCGGGGAAAACCACUUUGGCAGCAGAGCUUUGUUGGGAUAAACAAGUCAAGGGUAAAUUCAAGGAAAACAUUUUAUUUGUUACCUUCUCAAAAACGCCGAAGUUAAAGAUUAUUGUAGAAAGAUUAUUUGAACAUCAUGGAUAUCAAGUGCCUGAAUUUCAAAGCGAUGAAGAUGCAGUUAAUCAACUGGGACUUCUGAUGAGGAAAAUUGAUGCAAGUCCAAUGUUGUUGGUCCUGGAUGAUGUUUGGCCUAGCUCAGAAGCCGACGUUGAGAAAUUUAACUUUCAGAUAUCAGAUUAUAAAAUUUUGGUGACUUCAAGGUUUUCAUUUCCUAGAUUUGGAACUCCAUUCAUCUUAAAACCUCUUGUUCAUGAAGAUUCAAUAACCCUUUUCCGUCACCACGCUCUCUUAGAAAAAAGCAGUUCAAAUAUUCCUGUCGAAGAUCUUGUCCAAAAGCUUGUGAGGCAUUGCAAGGGUUUACCACUGGCCAUUAAAGUCAUUGGUAGAUCACUCAGUCAUCAACCUUAUGAAUUGUGGAAAAAGAUGGUGGAGGAAUUGUCGCAAGGUCAUUCUUUACUUGAUUCUAACACUGAAUUACUUACUUCCCUCCAAAAAAUCUUAGAUGUCUUGGAAGAUAAUCCCAUCAUCAAAGAGUGCUUCAUGGACUUAGCAUUAUUUCCUGAAGACCAAAGAAUUCCUGUUGUUGCUCUAGUUGAUAUGUGGGCAGAGUUGUAUGGACUAGAUAAUGAUGGCACAGAAGCAAUGGCCAUCAUCAACAAAUUAGCUUCUAUGAAUCUUGCUAAUGUCUUGAUAACAAGGAGAAAUACAAGUGACAGAGACAGUUACUACUACAAUUACCAUUUCAUCAUCCUUCAUGAUAUUCUAAGAGACUUGGCAAUUUAUCAAAGCACCCAGGAACAAAUUCAACAGAGAAAAAGACUGAUGAUUGACAUAAAUGAAAAUAAACCUGAAUGGUGGCUUGGGGAGAAGCAACAAGGCAUGAUGACCCGCAUAUUGUCAAAUAUUUUUAGAUGGUGUGUUAAACAGAAACCCCUACAUAUCCCUGCUCGCACGUUGUCUAUAUCAACUGAUGAAACUUGCACUUCAUAUUUGUCCAACAUGCAAGCAGCUCAAGCUGAGGUUCUGAUUUUUAACCUUCGAACUAAUCAAUACUCCUUUCCGGAGUUCAUGAAAGAAAUGACUAAACUAAAAGUUUUGAUAGUCAUAAAUUAUAGUUUCCAUCCUUCUAAAAUGAACAAUUUUGAGCUACUUGGCGCUUUAUCCAACCUGAAAAGAAUCAGACUAGAGCGGAUCUCUGUUCCUUCCUUUGUCACAUUGAAGAAUCUUAAAAAGUUAUCCCUCUACUUUUGUAAUACAAGACAAGCUUUUGAGAACGUUAACAUGCUAAUUUCAGACGCUUUUCCAAAUCUGGAGGAUUUGAAUAUUGACUAUUGCAAAGAUAUAGUGGGAUUGCCUAAGGGGCUUUGUGAUAUAACUUCCCUGAAGAUGCUCAGUAUUACUAAUUGCCACAAGCUUUCUGCAUUGCCCCAAGAAAUUGGAAAUUUGGAGAAUUUGAAACUUCUAAGGCUAAGUUCAUGUACUGAUUUGAAAGGGAUACCAAAUUCUAUUGGAAGGCUUUCAAAUCUAAGACAUAUGGACAUCUCAAACUGCAUUAACCUUUCUAAUUUACCGGAGGACUUCGGUAAUUUGUGUAAUCUAGGAAAUCUCUACAUGACAAGUUGUGCAAGUUGUGAAUUGCCAUCUUCAAUCAUCAAUCUUAAGAAUUUAAAGGUGGUGGUAUGCGAUGAAGAGACAGCUGCUUCAUGGGAACCUUUCAAACCUAUGCUUCCCAAUCUAAAGAUAGAUGUUCCUGAAUUUGAUGUUAACUUGAAUUGGCUUCACACAAUUCACUCCUAAAACCUGUGUCAUGUAGUUUUCAUCAUUGUGUUUGCAAGUUAUGGUUGAUCACACAGGAAAGCAAAGAGAAUAAAACAUGGCUCUGCUUGCACAGUGGAUUAUGGUAAAAGGAAACUUCUAUAUCUAUGUUAGUCAUAGCCGAAGGGGAAAAUAUUUGGUUUGUUGUUAAGCAACUCGACAAACAAAAAUCCUAUUUGAUAUGCCCAAGGCAAAACAGGGCGAAGGAAUUGUUAUUGUUUAGGUUGACAGCCUGCAUAUUAUGUAAAGUGUUAAUGUUUGUGAGUGACUACUACAUAAUGUAUAGUUUUAAUGUUUAAUAGUACCUUUGUGAGAGUGAGAGUGGUGACUACCUUCGUAUUAGGUUUAUUUCUCGUGUUAGUUGAUUCUUUCAUUUGUCUUGAUCUUCAGUUGUUAAAUGAGAAUGCCAAACUAAAACAGGUUUCAA